UUAAAAAUGGCCGUAGCCACAAGUAAGCAAGAGUGGUUUUGACUCUACAACCGAUAUAUCUUUAUAAUCAUUGCGAUAAAUGCGUCAAUGGCCUAACUUAUUUAUAGUAUCCAAUUCUUUUUAUUAGUCUGCCAAGUAUUUUGACGUAAGAGUCUCGUGAAUACCGAUUCAUACUUUUAUACUACCGCCUUGCUCAUAACAUUUGUUAGAACGAGCAUCGAUUCAGUUAUUUAUUACAUAUUCGCAAUGCAACAUCUCGUCUAAUCGGCUCUAUAAUAGAUCCAGGUAAAUGACACUCUUUUACUCGUGGAGAGUCACGUUUUUCCAACACGAUGUCGCGUUAAAAAUUGUGCAACAAGGUUAACAGUGAAAAGUCAACAAACAAAGAAAAAUACUUUUUCAACAGUGUAAGAAUCUUUCAAUGAAAAAAAAAAUGUCAUCUGGUAUUAAUCAUGGUCCACGCAACACGGGUACUCUACCAAAAAGUAAUAGGAGAAACGAUAGAAACAGAGAACAAUCAGCUGCCAAUCAAUUUGCAAACCAUUCUAGUUAUCACGGACAUGCACAGCACUCUAACAAUUUGUACCAACUUGACUGGAAACCAGUUAGUGAUAGGGAACACCUGAGAGUAACGAAAAAUAGUAAUACAAGAUUCGAUUCAUCUGUGCCAUCGACAUCUUAUCAAGAUAUACCAGAAUUUGCAUCCUACACUUUCGGGCGACCAUACAAUUAUAGGGCAGAAGAAUUUACAUACUGGCAAAAGAUGGUUCCACCUACUGAUUCUCAAACACAAUCCCCUCCACGUUUUCAAGGAACAAAACCUUCUAAUGUCGAUAAAAUGCCUGAUAGAAGCCAAGUAGAAUCUCGUUUAAAUGAGAUCAGAGAGUGUAUCAGAGUUACAUCAACAAUGAUGGAUUCGCUUAAUCAAUCUAGUGAUCCCCGUGCACAAGCUCAAAAUGAGAAGUUAGGUAUUAUGGUAGAGGAUCUUCACGACAGUGAAAGAAAACUGUCCAGACUCUUGGAGCAAUAUCAAAAUCCUGGGCUAUUCUGCGAGAAUGGUGAAAAUGGGGAUGAAAACGGCGAAUCGAGCAGAGAAGUGAAACUACGCAAAGUCGAAGAAUUACAGAAGAAACUUACACACCUAUUGAAACAUCAGGCUAGUGUAGUUGGAAUGCAAUUACGUGUGUCAGAAACAUUAAGCGAAGCACGUCAAGCUCAACAAGCUCUUAUACAACAGGAAAAUCAAAGUGCAGUCACAUUAAGCCAAACAUUACCCGUAAAUGUUGAGCAAUUGGAAGCUGAAACGGCAAAACUGGCUCAACUUCAAACAAAGAAAAGACACAUGGACCAUCUUGUAGCUGAGCUACAAGCUGUAGAGAUGUCUGAUAGGGGUAGUUGUAGUUCCGAAGGUUCAAGAAAUGUUGGAAGAGAUAAAGUUGCUGAACUAGAAGCUAUGAAAGCACAACUUAGUCAUUUAAAAUCAUUAAUGGCAGAAAUAACAAGAGCUCGUGAUUGUCUCGAUUCUAAUUCUGAUCCUGAACCGGAAGUAGAUAUGAACGGUGAAACUGCAGCUGCGAUGGACACAAAUGAAGAAGAAAAUGGAACGAAUAUUUCAAUGGAACGUCAAAGUGAUACUGAUGAGAUAAAUCAUGACAAAAUUAGAAACACGGGAGAUAGACCAACGGUUGAAGACAUCGAGGCUGUAACGCAAGAACUUCGAGAACAAUCUGCUUUGUUACAAACAACCAGAGCAGAAAUACAACGAUUGAAACGACCAUUGUUAGCGGCAUCAACAACUCAGUCUAAUUCUACAUCCGUUUUCCAAACUUCGACGCCUCUACCAUCACUUACAACAUCAGUCACUUCCGAUAAAAAGCAAGAUAAUAACAGUACCACAGAAGCCCAGCCAGGUCAAGGAAAACGACGUCAAAUUGAAGAUCUUAUGCGAAAGUAUUCAUCUCAAUCAUCUAGCGUUAAUCGCGAUAUGGGAGGAGCAACCGAUGUAAAUAGUCAUAGAAGCUCUAGUUCGCAUAUUAGUCAUACAAGUACUCCCGCUAACGUUUGGCCUUCUUCUGCAGCAAUAGGAGGGUCCAAUGAUCAAAGUGUAGAUGGCGUAUCCACAGAAAAUUUAAUGGAUAUAGGACCUCAACCAUCAGCAAUCGAAAAUGGAUUCAAUGGAAAUUGGUGGAUAUACCCACCACCGCCGAUGAAUCAGAUACAACAUGGGUCUCAAGCUCAACAACUUCAGAUGAUGGGUACAACAUUACAACAAUGUUGCCAACUAUUGUGGUCCCAGCAACGUGAAUUACAAGCUAUGCGUGUAGCUGUUACUCAGUUACAAGCGCAAUUGAGACAAAAUCAAUUACAACAGCGAAGUAACAACAGUGAAAAUAAUGAUGAAUAUUCUAACUUAAGUCGUAAUGCUCACCAUCUCGGUGAAACAGUAGAUUCUACACUACCGCCAAGUUCAUCUCUACCAAAUCUGGUAUCAUUGCCAAAUUCUUCUCCCGCAUUAUCGCAUAAUGCUGCAACGAUUUCUGCAAAUUCCCAACAGCAACAACAACAACUGAAUAACCAAGUACCGCCAGGAAACAGAGCAAACAACUAUUGGGAUAAUUUCAGAAGCUAUUCAAGACAAAACUUACUCUCAGGAAGUAUAAAAACUAUGACAGACGCUACUUCAGGAGCUAUCGCGAAUUCAACGUCUUCUGGAAAUGCCGUAUCAAGCGUGAACAGCUCCCUUAUGAAAGACAAACGUAAUCGGGAGCAAGGAGUUGAUAAUGUACCUCUGUCUUCGUUAAAUGGAGAGGCUCAGUAUUCUUUGAAUUUGCAAUUACAAUCAAAUUUACAACAACAAGAAAGGGAGAAUGCUGUUGCACGUAGCAAUAUUUUAACGAACGAGGUAUCUCAACCACAAGUUGAUAAUCUUUGGGAAGAAGCACACUCAUCAUUUCGGUUACCAUCUAUGAUACAUGAUGAACACCUGUUUCAAACUUUAAGCUCUGAGAUGAAGGAAGUGUUAACUUCACUUAUUUACGCGAAUAAAAAACAACCAGAUUAUUUAGCCACUAUAUUAAGGGAAAUUAAGACUAUAAGUGAAGAUCAUAGAUUGCGACCUCGUUUAUUGAGAUCGUUACGUGCUUUACAAGAUAUACAACCUCUAAGCAAUCCAUUGAACGAAACAACCGAUCAAACUGCUAGUGAAAGUUGUCAGUCUAGCGACGAAGAUUCUGAAGUGGAUGCAGUAUUAGGUUUAGGUACAGAAAAUCAGUCAUCUAAAGCAGAAUUAGUUGUAUCAUCUCAAGCAGGAAGUUCAUCAUCUCCAACUGCCCAUGCACAGUUGAUAGAUCAUUUAGAUAUACCAGGAACGUCCUCAAUUGAUUCUACGAAUGUUUUACCUUCGACACCUGCUAGUAAACCAGGCUACAAUGAAGAUUUGGCAGAAGCUGAUCAGUCUAGACCUGAAUCGUCCGGUAAUCAACAGUCUUCUAAUAAUGACGACGAAAAUGAUCAAGGUCAAGAGGAGGCAGCUGGACCAGUAAUAUCUAUGCAAGCAACAUUUGAUGGUGAAGUAGAAUUAGAGUAAUUUAAUAAAAGUAAUGACUUCUGCAUUGCUUGAAUAAGCUUUAAAGUCUGGCUGCAAAAGUUGAAGAUACGAGAAACGAGGACAAUUAUAUUCUGACGGAUUAUUUUACAAAAUAUUUUAGGUUAUCCUUUUAUCUAUUCAAACAAAGGCAUGCGAUGGCGUUAAAAGCGCCACAUAUUUAUUUAUCUCAGAUCGAAUUCCAAUAUUGUUUCCCGAAGUAUCGUACUAUUGUUGUUUUAAGUACGUUUUAAAAAGUUGAUAAUUUAAUUGUAAACAUAAAAGUUACAAUUUCAAGCUUUUUUUACAUGUAAUGUAUUAUUUAGAUUAAAAUAAAAAUUGUAACUUAGAAAAGUAAAUAUUUAUUUUUAACCGUACAAUACAGUGCAAUGACAUACUUAUGUAUAAUGAAUAUACACUUUACAAUACAAAUACAAAAAAUAUAAACAUUA